AUGCCAUUAAUACUGUUUCUUUACGUUACCUUAAGUUUUCUAAUUACUUCAGAUAAUCUUUUGCUGAUUUUGGCUGUUAAAUCGACUCGUUCCCUCCAAAAGGCGGCGAAUUUUUCACUGGUUUCUUUAGCAGUGGCUGAUUUAUUUGUUGGCGUCAUUGUGUUGCCCCUGAGAAUAGUGGAAGCACAGGCUUUCAGUUGGUCGCGAAGUAUAUUUUGGUGCCAAUGUUCCCUGAGUCUGACUUUGUUCAGCUUGUCAGCUACGAUGCUGAACCUUUUGAUUCUAACGAUUGAACGUUAUUGCGCUAUCAUCGUACCUCUCUUUUACCAAAGCAAAUUCUCCUCGCGGAGAAUUUUCUACGCCAUAGUAGUAGGUUGGAUGGUGGCUGUCAUGAUAUCAUUCCUACCAUUUGUAGGCUUAAAGAACAAAACUGCUCAGGAGCGAAGCAAACAGCACAGAAUUUGUAGAUUCGCAGACACGAUGAGCGCCGAAUAUCUGUCAUUUUUUUCUGCCGUUGUUGUUUUAUUUCCAACUUUAUUCAUCAGUUAUGCCUACGUUAAAAUUUUCCUGGCUGCAAGCAAGCUUAGACGUCGACUGAACUCUCUGCAGAUUCCCAGAGAAGGAGAGGAAAUCGUGUCGGCGUUGAAGGAGUCGAAAACCGCGAAGAACAUUGGUGAGUUGUACUUAAUGUUUAAUUUAACCAUACAUUUUACCUAAGGAAAGAAUUUCCCUGGCGAAGAUUUUAGAAAGCAACCUACCACACUAAAGGAAAAGGAAAGUUUAUAAUUUUCAAGACCAGUAUACUUAGUCCUGAAAAUUAUAUUUUAAAAGUCUGCUCGGGUGAUUGAAAUCUGCUUGAAUUAAUUCCUUUAUCAUAUUUCGCCAGCCCAAAAUGCAAUGAAUUUCAUCAGAUUAACUGCUAAAAAUGUUGUGGCGGCGUAGGUUUCAAAUUUUGAUUAACUGCCCGAUCUCUUUCAGACAUUUUUUAAAAGUCUUUUUACUUACUCUUUUUUGGAAUUAAACUGAAUUAUACUCGGUUUUUGCAAUUAAACAAUUUGAAGUCAUAAAACCCCGUCCUUAGAGAUUUCAAUGCUCUGGUUUUAAAGUCCCGCUGCCUGCUAAAUUCAGAAACUCGCUUAAACGAAAUUUUAUUUUUCUAAAUCAGGAGUUGUAAAUGAAAAAAGUGGAGAAAAACCAACGGGUAUUAAUGCAUGCAUGCAUUUUGCUUCGUACGCGACCAUCUGAAAUGCGUUGCUUGUGUGAAACCUUUUUUCUUUUCUAAAAGUAUACAACAGCAGGUGAUCAAUCGAUCAUCUAACUAUAUUCUUCUAACUUAUGCUGACAUAUAAUAAUAGUAUGAAUAUCGAUCUAUUCAUGUCUAUUCAAUGCUAGGCAGUCAGUCGAAACACUCUGACAAAUAUCAUUUUUGCUGCCUACAGACUGGCCUACGGCAAUAGCCCAGCUUCGAUCUAUUAAACUUCAGCUCACGCCCUAGUCAAAAAGUUAGACUUAAAUUGCUUAUUUUCCCUCGAGGUCUUCUGCUUCUACAGGCCCAGGUUGAACUUUUAUUAUAUAAUUUAAUACUCUUAACUUUCUGCUCUGUGCCAAAUUCUGGAAACUGAUUCGUUGAUUGAAGCAGUGUGUUAUAAUGACUUUGAUAACGCACUAUUUUCAUGCUUUCAUUACAUCUCUCCAUUUCAGAGACCUUUUAUAAACUUGACAAAGUAAUUUUUCAAAACUUUGAAUUAUCUUAAUCUGAGAAAACAGCAAAUAUUUCGCAACGCUACCACUGGUCUCCCGCUAAAUCAGGGGCACCCAAAGAGAAAUUUUCAGCAAAAGACCUAAAAACAACAAAUUAACAAAGCAUGAAUAAAGCUUUCUGAAACCAUUUUAAUUAAGCAUUUUUGGAGAUUGCUGGCAAAAAAUUACCUGUAGUGUUGUUUCUUACUCCCAGCAAGACUGAUGGAAGAGUUAAGAGCCAGCAAGGUGCACCUACAAUCUGCAACCUGACUUACUAGAAAGUUUCCCAGCAGACGUACGUACAGACAUUACUGCCCAGUUUGGGUGUGGUCAUAGGGAAAAAUUCAGCCCUUACAUCAAAUCAAAUCCCCUCAGACACCAUGAAUUGCCUACCUCCCAGCAACUGUUUCCUUCCAAGGACAUAUUACUCGUUCCAAGUCUUCCAGCCAGCAAAAAUUUGCUUGAAGAACAGAUAUUUUGAGAAACAGAUCCAUUGGGUGCCCCUGCUAGAUGACGUCUGAGAAACGAGCGCAGAAAUUAUUCCAUACUGACUACAGUAGUUAUAGCUAUCGUUAAGUGCCAAUGAGCAAAGAUUUUACCUAUACGCGCGCACUGUUCAGUUUGUUUAGAAAUGUCAUGAGUUACCGGAAUUUACGAAAAAUAGUUUGAACUCAAUUCGAUUACAUAAGCAAAAAUUACCUUAAAAAUAGUGAACUAAACUGUUCUACUGCAUAAAGAAUUUGAAAUACCGACUUUAUAUAGCAUAUUUUUCGAGAAACUGAAAUUCGUGUUUUUGCCCGAAGUUGCGCACAGGUCAUUUUGCGUAAAAUUUAGUUGUCCUAUAAGCGAACUUAGAAUCCUCGAAAAAUCAUAAGUCCGCGAAUAUUCAAUGUAUAGAUUUGUAUUUAGUCUCUUUUUAAAGCUUAAGGUGUCUACUUUUCAGAAAAAAAAGAUUUAUGGUGCGCCAAUGAAGCCUUUCUAAUUAUUUGUCUUGAAAGGCAGUAAUUUUUCCGGCGUUAUAAUUUUUUCCUAGAGGCGUAAACAGCCAAUGUCUCUAUUAGGUUUCUUUUUAAGGCUAAGGAAGUCUACUUUUCAGGAAGAAAAAAAAAAAGAUUUAUGGUGCGCCGAGGAAGCCUUCCGAAUUAUUUUGCUUCAAAGACACAAUAAAUAUUGCGGAGUUAUUAUUUUUUCCUAGGGGCAUAAACAGGUAGCAGUGUAUUUGGGUAAAAUAUUUUGAACUCAAUUCGAUUGCAUGACCGAAAAUUGCCUUGCAAACCGUGAACUAAACUGUUCGGCUACUGCAUAAAGAAUUCGAAACAUUGACUUUACAUAGCAUAUUUUCUUAUAGUCUUUGUUCUGCAUUACGUCAUAACAGUUACUUUUCACUACCUUAAUAUGUUACAUCAUCGCUUCGAGAUUCCUUCUCCCUUGGAACUUCCGCGCACGGCUUUAUUAUGCUGCCCCCUCGCAGCCUCGCGUCUUGGCGCGCCUGCUCGUUGGCAGUAACGUGUCUACGCAGAUCUGGGUUGCGCUUCUGAUUGGUUGAAGCAAAAUUUCCCACGCGACACGACCAAUCAGAAGCAUUACCUAGACCUGGAUAGUGACGCAUCAUCAGUAUGGAAUUUCUGCGCUCGUUUCUCACACGUCAUUUAGAGGGGGAAACCAAUGGUGGCGUCGCAAAAUGAUGUCGGUUGGUUUCUCAGGCUGCGUGCAUGCGUGCGUGUUGGCAGUGGUGUGCAAACGAAUGCAACAACUCCCAACAAUGCUGGGACCUGCAGUGCACCGUAGGAAGGAUACAACCCAUAAGACUUUGUAAACCAUGAGUAAUGAACGUGCGUGGCCCUAACAAUGUUGGAAGACCUGUGCAAACGGAUCCAACAUUGUUGUGCUACGCUUCGGUGAUCACGGAACAAAAGAAAUGUUGGGAGUUGUUGGCUGAAAAGUUUGACCGGUUUCAAACUUUGCGCAACGACACGCAACAACAUCCAACAGCAUGCAACAGGGUGUGCAAACGGACGCAACAUGAAACAUCCAACAAUGUUGGGAGUUGUUGGCGAACAAUGUUGCUUCCGUUUUCGGGGGGCUUCAGGCGAGAAUUAUCUUAGAUUUGUAGGAUCCUUCUGGUGAGAGCAUUUUGGUCUCUCUCAUUGCUUUCUGUAAAGAAUCAAGUGGUGUUGAUUUUGAAAUGAAAGAAAUUCUAACUAAACUACACAAAUUCAGCUGUAUUUUGGCCUAUCAUCUUCAUCCGAUUAGGGUUAUUGUUAGUUUAAAAUGCUGAGAGCUUGACUGAAAAGUUACUGCUACUCGAGGAGAAGAACUGAGUAACCUUGCUGACGACGGUUGUAACAGCAUCCAUCAGUUAAUUAAUUUAGACUGAAGGAUGAUGAUGUUGUAACAAAUUAUCAAAAAGUUUCAGACGGUUUCGAGUACUAUAACCCUCCUUCAGGGUAAAUUCACACCCUCUAUAGGUACACCCCCUUAAUGCGGACACCUCGCAAGAGAGAAUGAUGUACACCUCGUUAUUACGGACAGUUUGCUUUAUACCUGGGGAAAGAAAGCCCUUACAUUUUCUUUAAAAUCGACCCACUUAAUAUGUACGCCCCGUUAAUACGGACACUUUCUAUGCAUGGUCGCUAUCUGACUGAGUGUCCGUACUGACGAGGUUUGACUGUACGGUAAGCCGGCCUGUCAUUUCCUUCAGGAAGGACAUUUAUUUUCGACACUUUAUAGGAAAGGGUCAGAAAUUAAUUCGGAUUAUUAUGUCAAUGGCAGCUCGUAAUUGGUUUUACUUGUUUGAAAGUUGAUUUUCGUGGUUUUUUCAGCAGACUUCCGUGGGGAAGGAACGCGUGCCGAAGCCCCGCACGCUGACCAUUAUAGCCGGGCCACGCUGCCGCCGGACGCUGCAGCACCUUUUGUGUCUACCACUUCAAGAUAAUUUUAAUCUCGAUGAUUUUUACAAUGCAUCUCUUUGUUUUUUUCCAGGAAUAGUGGUAGGCGCGUUUUAUCUGUGCUGGAUUCCAUUCAUGGUUGCAGUCAUCCUGAGUGCCUUUUUCAAGAAGUUAAUAACUCCUGUUGUAGUUCUUGUCAUAUCUACACUUGUCUAUAGCAACUCUGCUAUGAAUCCAAUCCUUUAUGGCUAUUUAAAUCGCGAGUUUCGUUUACCUUAUAAGAGACUGUUUUCAAAAUUUUUUUGGCCGUGCAAGUAG